AUGAGUAAUAACAACAAUACAAAAUUAAGCAGUCCAAAGACCAAACAACGAGCUUCCAAAACGAUAAACAAGUCAUCAAACGAGGGAUUUCAGGAGAGCCGCAUUGGUGAACUUGCUACUGCCAAGACGCCGAUUUCUCCAGAAACCUUGAAAUCAUCAAGUGCCUGGCAACACGCUAGUCUGAUGCUGAAGCAACAACAAAUGAGCUCCACCCUCAAGUCAUCCGAAGAACGAGAUCAAGACCAAUCAUCAGAAUCCGGAAGGGCGGCGUAUGAAAGUAGUACCCAUCCAUCGUACGGCGGUUACGAUGGGGCGAGAAUGGGGACUGCAUCCUGCUGGGACUCGUUUCAAAGUAUUUUCAUGAUACCCCAAGGUUUGGCAGAAAUCAAGGCGAGUCACGCCACCACCCUGGGGGAUCCAAAUUCCAACCACAAUGCUAGUAGGAAUGCGUCGCGAACCAGCAAAUUCAGCAAUGGGCAAAUCGAACAGACCAGUAGGAGAAGUCAAGGUAGCUUGCCCAAAACAUCGCUUUCGGGAGGGUUGUGA